GCAGCUGGAAGAUGCUUAUACUAAGAGUUGGGAGAGAGCUGGUUUGGCUAAGCUACCAAUGGACAAGUAAUCUUUUCUCUUUGGCUGUUUUCCCAUCUUUAAAGAAUAUUCUUUUGAAGAGUUCAAGGGGCCUGUUGAAGACAUUUUCACAUCUGGCCUUCUCUGGGAGAAAUAAAAGGAUUAGCCUAUCUGACCCUGGAUGGAGAUCAGUCUACACAGAAACCUCGAUUUUGCUGAGAAGCAAUCUUGAGCCAAGAUUUCCAAGUUUUAGACCAAGAACGUGUUUUGGCGAAAUCCAAGGCAGAGAAAGAACUCAAGAGGGAGCAGAAUGACAAUAGUCCUCAUGGCCGAUGAAGGAUGUUUCUAAUUAUUGAGGAGAGUUCUUUGAUUUUUGUGAUUCCAGGCUGUUUGUUAUCCCAGGCUUUAAAGCAUGGCUGCUACAAACAAUGUGACUGACAUCAUUUUUUUGGGAUUUUCUCAGAACCGGGAUAAACAGAAGGUUAUUUCUGUGAUCUUUCUCCUCAUGUACACAGCCAUCCUGAUGGGCAAUGGCCUCAUCGUGGUGACCAUCAUGGCCAGCAAAGGGCUCACCUCCCCCAUGUAUUUCUUCCUCAGCUACCUGUCCUUUGUGGAGAUCUGUUACUGUUCUGUCACGGCCCCCAGGCUCAUCUUCGACUCUUUCUCCGAGAGGAACGUCAUUUCCGUCAAGGGCUGCAUCACGCAGAUAUUUUUCCUCCAUUUCUUUGGUGGCACCGAGAUCUUUCUCCUGACAGUGAUGGCCUACGACCGCUACGUGGCCAUCUGCAAGCCCUUGCACUACACGACCAUCAUGAACCAACGGGCGCGUGGCCUCCUGGUGGGGGCGGCAUGGGGCGGGGGCCUGCUGCAUUCCGUUGGGCAAACCGUCCUCAUUUUCCAGCUGCCCUUCUGUGGCCCUAACAUCAUUGACCACUACUUCUGUGACGUCCACCCCGUGCUGAAGCUGGCCUGUGCGGACACGUUCCUCAUUGGGCUGCUAAUCAUCGCCAACGGCGGCUCCAUCUCGGUGAUCAGCUUCUCGGUGCUGCUUGCUUCCUACCUGGUCAUCCUGUGCUCCCUGAGGAGCCGCACCUCAGAGGGGCGGCGCAAGGCCCUCUCCACCUGCGCCUCCCACGUGGCCGUGGUGGGCCUGUUCUUCAUACCCUGCUCCUUCGUCUACAUGAGGCCCUGUGUCACCUUCCCUGCAGACAAGAUAGUCGCCGUAUUUUACACGGUGGUCACGCCACUCCUAAACCCUGUCAUUUACUCCUUCAGGAAUGCUGAAGUGAAAAGUGCCAUGAGGAGACUCGUGGGAAGGAGAGUGAUUUGGGAAGAGAAAUAGAUGAUUGAUUUAGGGAAGACAGGGGACUAUGGGGUGGGACACUGGGACCCCUAAGGUCUCACUCUGGCUCUACCUAACCUGAUGGGGAGAUCUUGGGCCAGUCACCUUCUUCCUUGAAGUUUCAGUUUCCUCAUUUUUAUGGCAUUGGACAAGAUGGAAAAGGUAAGAGAGGCCUUCUAGUGCUGCGGUUCCACAUCUGGCAGUGGCCUCGAGGCAGGUCGGCUGGUCUGGAGAGAAUGAACUCUUCCAGAAAGCUGGGUCAGUCUGGGAGUAGUGAAGGGGCAGGUGGGAGAAGAGAAGGACUGUCUCAGGGAGCAAUGGUCGUAGGUAUCUUUGGGUUUGAACACUCAUAUGUGUAGAAAUUCUCUCGACCUGCCAUAGUGAGGAUUUGCCCAGAGGGUUCUGAGCAGGGCAAGCUGACUUUAGAAGCAUUUUAGUCCUCAGAACAGGAAAUGUUGACUCUUGUGGAGAGAGUCACACGAGCGUAUGCUAGCACUGGACUCAGGUCCUAGCCAGGGGUCCUCAAACUUUUUAAACAGGGGGCCAGUUCACUGUUCCUCAGACGGUUGGAGAGUGC